UUGUUUUUAUUUAUUUAUUUAUACAAGCUCUAUUUUUUUUUUUUUUUACUCUUCUUUCCCAUAACUUUCUUGAGUGUCUCUCGCGGUCCCCCUGGAGGCCCCCGGACCGCACGUUGGGACCCACGCUGGCCCACACUGGCUCGCGCGCUCUGUUGACGCUGCUCCAUUCAUUGGCGUGUGAUGUUUGGUGAGAGGCAGACGGAGCUCUAGCGGUCAGAUCACCUCCUCCGUCCCCGCUCUCGCCUCUCGCUCCUCCGCCGCCGCCGCCGCCGCUGCUCUUCAUCCGGCUGCACUUUUCACUCUCUUUUUUUUUUUCGAUUUUGAUUCGUUUUUUUCCACGAGCGGCACGAGACUUUUGGAGCAUGAAAAGUAGCAACGAGCGACAACAAAGCACGCAACCGAGGAGAGCAUGCACGUACGGGCUGCGAAGACUUUACCAAUGCACUUUAUAUUUAUUCGUCUUUAGUCUGGAACUGAAGAGGAGCGAAACUGCACCGCUGGACUCGGAUGUGUUUGCGUUCUUCCAUGAGGCCAGCCAGGGCUGUCUGGGGGUGCAGGACCACGCCCUGGUCCUGUCCCCGGGCUGCGAGGGCGAGGAGAAGCACUGGAAGUGGGUGUCCCGAAACCGCCUCUUUAACCUGGGCUCGUCGCUCUGCCUGGGGGUGACCACGGGGAACUACAGCCGCUCAGACACCUCUCCUCUGGGGGUGUACACGUGUGACCGAGAGCCCCCAAGGGUGCGCUGGACCUGGGGCUGUGCUCAGAUGCUGGAUAAUCUGAACAACUACCUGCCCAUACCCUCGUUAUGGAACAGCUCCACUGUGUCCAACGGCCUCUACUGGAGACUGUACGGAGACAGCCAGGACCUCUGCGCCAAAAUGAACCAAGACAUCUACACGAUCCAGGGUAACUCUCACGGCAGGCCCUGUUUCUUCCCCUUCCUGUACGACGGACAGUGGUUCCACAGCUGCACCAGCAUCGGGCGAGAGGACGGACAUAUUUGGUGCGCCACAACCUACGACUACGGCAAAGACGAGCGCUGGGGAUUCUGCCCUGUCAACAGUAAAGGUUGUGAGACGUUCUGGGACACAGACCCUCUCACCGACAGUUGCUACCAGUUUAACUUCCAGUCCACUCUGUCCUGGAGCGAGGCGCGCACCAGCUGUCGCCAGCAGGGGGCAGACCUCCUGAGCAUCACCAAACUGCACGAGCAAACCUACAUCAACGGUUUACUGACAGGCUACAGCGCUGCCCUGUGGAUCGGGCUGAAUGACCUGGAUGUGAGCGGAGGCUGGCAGUGGGCCGACUCAUCUCCACUCAAAUAUCUGAACUGGGAACAAGACCAGCCGAGUCAUGAAGACGAGGAGAACUGUGUGGCGAUCCGCACCGAGUCGUCAGGGCGAUGGCAGAACAGGGACUGCUCCGUCGCUCUGCCGUACGUCUGUAAGAAGAGACCCAAUGCCACUCUGGACCCCUUCACCACAGACUCGUGGGCGGAUGAUGAGAGAUAUGACUGUGACGUGGGCUGGCAGUCCUUCCAGGCCGGAUGCUACAAACUGAACUCAGAGAAGACGGACUGGGACGCAGCGCAGAAGAACUGUCAGAAGAUGGAGGCCAACCUGGCCAGCAUCCACACCCUGCCCGAGCUCGAGUUCAUCCUCAGGAACGUCAAGAAAGAUGUGGAGCAGCUGUGGAUCGGCCUCCAUGACACUAACAUGCAGAUGGACUUCCAGUGGACUGACCACACACCCGUCAUCUUCACCCACUGGCACCCGUACGAACCCAACAACUUCCGCAACACUCUGGAGGACUGUGUCUCCAUCUGGGGCCCUGAGGGCCGCUGGGACGACAGCCCCUGUAACCUGACUCUGCCCUCCAUCUGCAAGAAACCAGGGACCAAGAGUGACGGGAAACCUCAGCACCAGGACUGCCAACAGGGCUGGAAGUGGCACAGUCCGUCAUGUUACUGGGUCGUCGAAGACCUCAAGACGUUUGAUGAAGCCAGAAAAGUCUGUGAGGAGCAUAAAUCUGCACUUGUCACUAUAACCAACAGAUUUGAGCAGGCCUAUGCCAACAGCCUGGUGUUCGGUCGCUCUGGGGACUCAUUCUGGAUCGGGCUCCAAGAUCAGGGCAAAGCAGGCUCGUACCACUGGCUCACAGGAGACGAAGUGACUUACACCAACUGGAACAGAGACCAGCCAGUGUCGGUGGAUGGCAGUGGCUGCGUCUCCAUGGCGACGGGUUAUGCGACGGGUCUGUGGGAGGUGAGAGAGUGCAGCGCGACCAAAGCCAAGUUCAUCUGUCGUCAAACCCAGGACACGUCUCUGAGCCCGGAGCCCCCCGCCCCUCUGCCCCCCGUCCCCCAGCCCCACCCCAGUCUGAGCGGAGCCUGCCCCCGAGGCUGGAAGAGCAACAACAACCUGCGCUACUGCUACAAGGUGUUCCACUCGUCUCAGAUGGAGCAGAGGCUGAGCUGGCUCCAGGCUCAUCUCUUCUGUCGCACACAUGGAGCAAACCUCCUGAGCAUCAGCAGUGCAGAGGAGGAGCAGUUUGUCAUGCAGGUCCUCAAUGAAGCGUUUGGAGACUCUGAGGAUGAGGAGCACAGGUGGUUUUGGAUCGGACUGAACCGGAGAAACCCAAUGGACAACGGCAGCUGGAAGUGGAGUGACGGGCUGGCUGUGACAUACCAGAACUUUGGGCGGUACUACAACAUUCGCCCAUGCGCUGCGGCCAGUCUGGGCACAAUGACGUGGCUUGCCAUGCACUGCGACUCUGAGCUGGACUGGAUAUGCAAGAUCCCCAGAGGAAGUGUAGAGAAAGAACCAGAGUCACCAGAAGGGGCCAGUUCACCAGAGUGGAUUGGCUUCCAGGAGGCCGAGUAUAAGUUUUUCGACCAUCGCACCACAUGGGACCAGGCUCAGAGGAUUUGCACUUGGUUUGACUCAUCACUGGCCUCUGUCCACUCAGCCGACGAAGAGGCUUUCCUGGCCAGUACAUUACGCAAGAUGGAGAAGGUAGAAGGGGACAACUGGUGGCUUGGUCUUCACACUUAUGAAAAUGACGGCAGAUUUCGAUGGUCUGACUUCUCUGUGCUCAACUACAUGUCCUGGGCUCUGGGCAGGCCACACCCCCUCAGCCGAGACCGCAAAUGUGUGCACCUCUCUGCCAGCAAAGGUGACUGGUCAGAUCAGAAGUGCCACUCAGACCUGCCUUAUAUCUGCAAAAGAGUCAACGUCACCGGGACGAUUCCCCCCACCCCCACCUCACCCCUCCCUCAGUCUGGAUGUGUCGACGGGUGGACCGCCUAUCGCCAUAAGUGCUUCCGAGUGUUUGACCAGGUGAACAAGAUCACAUGGUCAGGAGCCAAACUGAAAUGUGAAGCAAACGGUGGUGUUCUGGCGGUGGUGUCGAACCAUUUAGAACAAGCCUUCGUCACCACUCUCCUGUUUAACACCAGCAUUGACCUGUGGCUGGGCCUGACCUCAGACUCUAAAGGGCAUUUCCAGUGGGCACAGCCGGGUCUACUCAGCUUCACCAACUGGGCACCCGGAGAGCCCCUGGACAACAGCGGACCACACCACAACAGGACUCCGGGUAACUGUGUGGUGAUGCGUCAUGGUAACCCUCAAAGGAACACUGGGAUGUGGGCGUCUCGGGCCUGUGAGAUGGAGAGCAAUGGAUACAUCUGUCAGAGGAAACAAGACCCCGGCCUGCCCCCAGCCCCUCCCCUCAUCCCUUCUCUGCUGAAGCCCGUGGACCUCGGGGGUCUGUCCUAUCGCGUGGUGGAGAAGAAGCUGGACUGGACCGGAGCUCUGCAUCUGUGUGAGUCUCUGAACGGGACUCUCGCCACGAUAAAGACCCCGUACGAGCAGGCCUACCUCACCCUCCUCAUCAACAACCUGCGCCGACCUGCCUGGAUGGGACUCUACAACUAUGGAGGCAGAACUUUUACAUGGCUUGGUGAAGAGGAGGGGUUGUAUUCAAACUGGAAGGAGGGAGAGCCCAGUCAGAGCGCUGGCUGUGGUCACAUGACUACCACCGGCGAGUGGGUGAUGACGCAGUGUGAUGCCAAACUUGGUGCUGCUUUAUGCCAAAUUGGAGAGGACCCUGUGGGGCACCAGUGGGUGUACCCGGGGGAGUGUCCUCACUCUGUGGGAGAAUGGGCCUGGGUCCCCUUUAGAAACAACUGUUAUGCCUUUAACCUGCAACACCUGAGACUACAGCAUAACGCACGCUCCGACUGCAAGAACGUGGGGGCGGAGCUUCUCUCCAUCUUGGAUGAGACUGAGAACGAGUUUAUUUGGGAGCACAUCCAGAGCUACGCGGAGCAGGCACACGGGGCCUGGCUCGGGAUCAGCGUCAAAGGUCGUGGUCUGGUGUGGAGUGAAGAUGAAGCAGAGAUAACUUUCUCAAACUGGGAGGCUCAGGCUUUCUCUGUUUUGUCUCCAAACUCGUGCUUCUGGAUCCAGAGCAACACUGGACUGUGGAAACCAGGCUCCUGCCGGAACCGAACACAUGGGGUCAUCUGCAAACGGCCGAGGAUUAUAGAAACAUCAGCUGUUACAUUGGACUCUGAGCACCUGCCCACCCUGAUGGUCGUCAUGGUUACGGGCCUGGUCCUGGUGAUCCUCAUCGUCAGCGUGAUUUACCUGUACCGGCGCAGGACAGUGGGCGCGCGGGGGUCCUACGAGGGGGCGCGCUACAGCCGCACCAACUCCAGCUCCACAGAACAGAUGGAGAAAAACAUCCUGGUGUCAGACAUGGAGCUGAACGAGCAGCAAGAAGAGUAGCAACAGAAAUACCCCCUCCCUCCUUCUACUGCACCCUGUAGGGCUUGACAAUAAUGCUAGACAAUAUGGUGAAUAAAAAGGUAUCUCGGUUUUCUCAGAGCCAGGUCUCCAUUUCAGUUCGAUCGUGAUUCAUGUAAGAUUUUAAAUUUGAUACUGAGAGGAAAUUAAAGUAACUGCUUCUUCUACACAUUUAAACUUCACUGUGUUUGCUUAAAUCCAGCUGAAAAAGUGUGGGACAAAUAUUUCUGCAUCAAAUAGAGAAAAAGUGACUCACCUCUACUUGUUAUCUAGCCAAAUUCUAAUAAAAUUGUCAAUAGAAUAAAAUUGAAUGAUGCAUAGAAAACUAGAAAAGCACUCAGAGAGCGCAGACCUCCGCCAAGGACUACCCCCAUUUUUUAUAUAAAUUGCGAUAAAAUCAGUCUUCUGGAUCAGAUCCGGAUCAGCCUUUGGAAUAUGAAAGAGGAUCCCAUUGUCCAUCCCUGAGUCAAAUUUCAUGGGGUUUGGUCAAUAAUUAACCGAGAUAUUGAGAAACAAAAUUUUUGGCCCCAUUUACCACAAUGUUAACUAAAAUUUCAAAGUGAUCCAGAAUCCAGGAUUUCUUCCGGAUCACCCCCAAAAUGAAAUCAGUUCUUCCUUUUCACAUUUCCAAGAAAUCCUGAAAAUUUCAUCAAAAUCGGUCCAUAACUUUUUGAGUUAUGUUGCUA